AUGGGAAAGAAGAAAACCAAACAACCAUCAUCAUACACAUCCGAAUCAUAUGCAACUAGUUCUUCUGCUUAUGACGAUUCACAAAUUAAAAAAGAUUUGGAACAAACAAGAAAUCAAUCAUUAACUCUAAAAGAUCAAUUAGAUUCCAUAUUUGAUCACUAUGAAAAACAAUCAGUGAAAUUAAUGCAAGUUGAAAAGGAUUUAAAUGACAAGGAAAUUGAAUUAAAUAGGAAGGAAUCUGAUCUCGCUAAAAAAGAAGAAACAUUGAAACAAGAAGAAGAAAGAAUUAAAAAAGAAUUUGAAGAAGAAACCAAAGAAAUUGUCAAAGACUUGAAAGAACGUGAAGAAAGAAUAUUUAAUUUGGAAACAAAAUUAUCACCAAGCACAACCAUUGAAACUAAAUUAGGAAAGAAUCAAGUUGUAAAACUUAAUGUUGGUGGUAAAAUAUUUGCCACAAAUUUAGUAACUUUAAAAAGUGUUAACGAUACAUUCUUUACUGGUUAUUUUAAUGAUUUAUUUAAUCCAACAGCAGAGGAAGAUGAUAAUUCAUUCUUUAUUGAUAGACCCAAUGAACAAUUUCAUUUAAUUUUAAAUUAUUUAAGAGGAAUUGAUAUUUCAUCUAAAUUAUCAAGUUUAAAUGAACAUGAUUUGAAUGAUUUUAUUGAGGAAAUUGUUUAUUAUCAAUUAACACCUAUUUAUGAAAUAUUACCUAUAAAUGGAAAGAAGAUAUUAAAAUCAAAAUAUUCAAUUGAUUGUGGAUAUAAAGUUGAAUUUGAUGCAAAGUAUUGUUCAUCAAAUAUUCAAAUGGACUCUUCCACUAGAGUUAGGGGAAUACAUAUUUAUAAUGGACAACCUUAUGCAGGUGUUUUAGGAACUAGCACCAAUUUAUUUAAAGUUAAAUUAAUUUCUAACUGCACUGAUUUAUAUAUUGGUUUUGCACCUCGAACUAUGCAACUUGACCGUCUACACUAUCCAUCUGGUUACUUUUUAAAUACCAGAAAAGGAGUUAUAUUUUCCAAUGCCGGGUUUGGAAUUAAUUAUUUUGGACGAAAAAUUGAAGAUGGUUCAAUUAUUGAAUGUGAAUUGAAGGAUGGGAAAAUAUCGUACAAGAUUAAUGGUUCUCAAAAUGGUACAGCAUUUACUGGCGUACCAAAUAAUCCAGAAUUAUAUCCUGCAUUUUCCUUUAAUCCUAAUAAUGGUCCUGUAUUUGAAUUCAUUAAUGACUAA